GUUUUCACGUCGACCUUCAAAGAUUCGCAGAUUACGCUGUUUCCAGAUCUUCCAACAAGCAAUACCAAAGACAAGAUUCCAUGAACAAUGAAGCUUUUAGACAAGGACUUCGCGCUGAACCAGCCGGGAACGGUCAAGAUCAUCCCCGAAGAACCCGACGACUUAUGGGUGGUUUACAACCUCAUCGCCAUUGGAGACGUCGUUACAGCCGAUACGACUCGCAAAGUUCACCUGGAGGCGACCAAGAACACCGCCUCACGUGUCAAAGUCACCAUUCCCGUCAAAGUCACGCGCCGCGACUUCCAGAAAGAUUCUUCCACCGUUCGCGUUCAAGGCAGGAACAUCGGGACGAACCAGUACGUCGCGUCAGGCUCAUUCCACACCUUGACCAUCGAAAUGAACAAAGGCUUCGAACUCUCUAAAAAGAUUUGGGAUUCCACGGCUGUGGCCGCCUUAUCCGAAACCUCCAAGAAAUCACCAGGCGCUGACCUCGCCGUAAUUCUUAUACAAGAGGGUCAAACAGAGGUUUAUUUGGUCGGGAACGGGCCAACCACGCUUUGUUCUAAAAUCAAAGAUCCAAGGACUGGAAAGAAAUCAGCCAGCAACGUGUUUUUUCGAGACAUCUUUAACGCCUUCGUGAAGCAUGUGGAUUUCAGCACCAUUAAAACCGUACUGAUAGCGAGUGAUGGACCAACAAAGGACGAGUUUCGUCAGUUUCUGCUCUCAGAAGCGAAAAGAUUGAAUAUGAAAACAAUCGAGAACAAUAAGUCGAGAAUUGUAGUGGCAGGAUGUAAGGGAGAUCUGAAGGAGGUGCUGAGCGACAAGGGAGUGAUGAAUAUGAUAAAAGAUAGCAAGGUUGUGCUGGAGAUUAGAGCUUUCCAAGAGUUGUGUGACUUGCUGGACAACAAUUCGGGUCGGGCAUGUUAUGGUACAAAGCAUGUGGAGGCUGCGCAGGAGAUGAUGGCGAUCGACACCCUUCUGAUCACGGACGAUCUGUAUAGAAGCUCUGAUGCCAAGACGAGACACAAGUAUACGAAUCUGGCUGAAUCAGUGAGGAAGGGAGGAGGGAAAGUGCUGGUGUAUACCUCCAUGCAUGUCUCAGCAGAACAGCUUGCCCAGCUCACGGGUGUUGCCGCAACUCUGAGGUUUCCCUUGCCCGACCUUGACGACGCGGAUGUUUAAGUUCAAACAAGGCUUUCUAUAUAUAUCAGUUUAUCGUGCAUCUCUUAGCUUGUUGUUUAUUAAUCAGGAGAGGAAUGGCCCUUCCUCUCAUUUGUGUAUAUAAUGAUCACUGACUCUUUAUGCGUUGAUUCUUACAUAAUCUUAGAUGGUGCAUUGCCUAUGAGCAUAUCCCUCA